AUGGAACUACUAAAAUCUCUAGAACAUUCUCGGGCAAUCCAAGAAAAUGUGAAUAUUAAUCCUCAAUGGUUAGCUGGUUUUAUCGAGGCCGAAGGGCAUUUUCACGGUAAAGCUGGACAACAACCACAUUUUUCUAUUUCUCAGCACCCAGCUGAUUUUAAAUUAAUGGAAUCUAUUUCUAAAUAUUUUGAUCACGGUAAAGUACGACUAUCUGUAAGACCAGAUGGAAGAUCUGAAGCCGUGUAUACAAUUUAUUCGAAAGAUGUUCUUGAGAAUAAGAUUAUUCCUCUUUGUUCCGAAAAUUUCAUUUCUACGAACAAAUCUCUACAAUUCAGAGAAUGGACUAAAGCACAUUUCCCUAAUUAUCAAUCGAUCGCGUUACCUGAUCCUAACAAAAAAAUUGACCCUAAUUGGUUAGUUGGGUUUGUGGAUGGUGACGGAUCUUUUUAUAGUUUAAUCCACAAAACAAAAGAUUACAAAAUUGGAUAUCAAGUACAAACGGUAUUUGAUAUUGCUCAAUUAGAUUCUGAACGAGGUUUAUUAACAAGAAUUGGAGAUCAAUUUUUUGGUUCAACUCAAACAUGGGCUAAAUCUAAAGAUACUCAGCAUUUAAGAAUUAUGAGUAAAAAUGGUUUAGUAAAUUAUGUAGAACCAUUUUUUGAUGAAAAUAAACUUUUAACUCGGAAAGAAUAUGACUUUUUAUUGUGGAAAGAAAUGUUAAAGACAAUUAAAAAUAAAGAACAUACGACUUUAUCUGGUUUAGAAAAAAUCAAAGAGCUUAGAGAUUUACAGAAUUUCUAUAGAUCUAAUAUUUCUUCUGAUAUCCAAAAAUUAAUUGACAUAAUAAUUAAAUAA